GUCCUGCCUCUUAACUUAAAACAACCACGAUAUCUUUUACCUGGACUGCGUUAAAAUUCAUCAAGUUUCAUAAUAUUCGUGGAGCGUAUAUACCCACGGGUCGACAAUGGGCUAAUCGUUCUCUGACCAUGAUCGGAAAUCACAUUCGCCGGUUUUAAUAUUUGGUUGAAUAUGACAAGCUAGCUAGGACCUUCCGCAAUGAACGCACAAUUUUAUCCGAUUGAUCGAUAAAUGUUCUACUGAAUGACAAAUUUUAAGUAAUUGUUUUUAUUUGAUUGUGGCUAAAAUUGGGUUUAAGCAAACAUAAGUGAGCGCGGGUGAAUUAUUUCUUGUGCGGAACUAGUUCGAUAAUACCGAGUUUAAUAUCCCCACUGUGCAAGCAACUGCCGUUCAUUUUCCACGCUUGUGACUCGUAUUUGUUUCAUUUAAAGUUUAUAAAAUAUACGAAAAUGGCGCUAAGUGCUCCUGUCUGUAAGGAUACACAGGACUUUCAAUUUAAAGUGCAUAACAAGUAUGCGGCGUUCAAAAAAUGCGGCGAGCCCCGCAGCAAUGUAAAUCUUCUGGCGAUUUCCUGCAGCCGCGGCUUGCUCUUUGCCGGCAACCCGACGCAGCCGGAACUUAAGGUGGUCAUCCUCAAGGAUUUGGCCAAUUCCAACAAGUCGCUCGGCGAGCAGCCGCAGGCGAGGAGUGUACCCCUACCCAGCGUGCCCAACUAUAUCUCCUGCAGUGCCGAUGGCACUCUGCUGGCGGUUAACCUCACACAGAAUGGCACUGGCCUGCUCAACAUUUACUCGGUGCCGACAUUCUUGGCCGCGGAUGUGAAGCUCGUCUACAGCAUUCGCCUGGCCAGCGAGGACUAUAUACAUGCCGUGCAGCUGCUGUGGAAUCCGGUCUUGCCCGGAAGUCUGGCCGUAGUGCUGAGCAACGGUGCCCUCGGCAUGUACACCCUGAAGGAGGGGGACACCUUCGAGAUGCAUUCGCUGGACAAGAGUCAGCAAGUGAAGUGUGGCUGUUGGUCACCCAAGGGAAAGCAAAUUGUCCUGGGUUUUCCCGGUGGCAAGAUACAGCAGUUCAAGCCGGAUCUUACGCCAGCAAAGACACUGGUGUGUCCACCCAACAUCCACGAUGCUCCGUUCGACACCAUCGCCAUUCAGUGGCUCUCGACGUUCCAGUUCGCAGUGGUCUUCCUGCAGCAUGGCGAGGACUGCAGUCCCGCCCUGUACAUAUUGAAUGCCCCCAAGGGGGGAUCGCCCAGCUAUACCAACUACUACGACAUCUGCUACAGUCUCAACGGGCCACGGAAUCAUCAGUUUUUCUUUAACCAUGUGGCCCAGUGGAAUUUGCUUCUGGUGACAUCGGCCAAUGGCGUGGAAGUGGGUAUAAUGGGUACCUUCGAGUCUGGAGACACCCCCGUCUGGCAGCAGUUUACCCUUAUGGAUGAGGCGAGGAUCGAGCUGCCUCUGAGUGAGGGCACCCAAGAGGAAACCUUCCCCCUCGGGUCUGUCUACGACACAUCCUCCACGCACCAACUGACAAUCAACGAGCAGAAGCUCCCCACUAUGCCCAUGGUGCAUGUCUUAGGCACCGACGGCACCCUUCUAUCGUUUAACUUCCUGAAUCUACUCCAAGGUGCCCCCUCUGUGUGCUCUCCGCCUCCGCCAGUGUUUGACAGUUCGGGACAGUUCCGCCCCCUGGACACGCUAAUGCCAGCGGAGGAAAAGAAGGCGGCCACAACACCGCCAGAAAAGGAGUCGACUCAGUCCGUUCCCACGGACAUGUCGUUUGCCUUCUCCCCGAACACGGUGACAUCGACUCCAGCUCCUGCCAAGGACAAGCCGUCCUCGCUGUUCUCCGGCUUCGCUGCACCCGCAGCAAGUACUCCAUUUGGAGUUUCUCCAAUUGCUGCUCCCACCGCGACAGUAGCGAGUACCGCCUCGGCAUUCGGUGGGUUUGGUGCGGCCACGACGACUCCAGCCUUAGGAUCCAUAUUUUCCGCGCCAGGAGCGACCGCUUUUGGUGGUCUGGCUUUGGGUAAAUCCAACGCAAUGCCAGUGAGUGUGGCCAAUGCUCCUCACGCCGUGCCACCGUCUGCAGCUGCUGCGCCCUUAAACAAGCCCCUCUACACAGUUCCGCACACAUUUACGCCAGUGGCAACAAAGCAGCAACCGGCAGCGGUUCCCGUGUCCGUUGCAUCCAGACAGUCGCUGGAUAACACGGAGUCCAUCGUUAGGGACAUGAUAGCCUUACAGAUCGAAGCCUUCAAUCAGGACAUACAGCAGCAGAAGGGACUCACGACGGAGCUGCUCAGCACCAUUGCAGCUCCCUCGGCUCUCAAAAAGUAUGCCAAGCGCUUGGACGACCUCGAGGAGCUGAACGAGCAGGCCAAGGACGUGGAGUUCGAGUUGGAUGUGCAAGGACUGCGCCAGGGUCUAAAUGAGGCCUACGCCAUAGUGGCCGAGUGCCGUGGCAAGCUGGAGGUCUACGAGAAGCCCGACAUAACGCGGCUGAUGAAUUCGAGUUCCUACGAUCCUGCUGGGCGGCGCAUGCUGGCUCGUCUCCGGAGCUACGUGGCGGCCAACGAGGCGCAACUUCGUCUGGCCCAGCAGCAAUUGGAUCUGCAGUGGGACCAGGUCCAAGAUGUGUUGCGGCGCAAAACCAAGUCGAGCAUGCAUAUACCGCACCUGGAGGGGAUCUACCAGCAACUGACGCGGCUCCAGAACCUUGCCUCUGACCAGAGGAUGAUGCAGAACAGGAUCAAGGCCAAGCUCAAGGAGCAUGGCCUGCUCCAGACCGCACUUCUCGACCAGGACAAGAGUCGCACUCGUACCAAUGAGGCUGUAGAAACCUUAGCUGACUCGAUUCUCUCGAUGAGUCUUAGUCAGACGGUCGACACGAAUGCCGCCAAGCUCACACAGCACAAGCUCCGCCAGAUCCGAAACGUGGUGCAGCUGCAAAAGGUCAGCAUCAUUAGUCCCCAGCGUCCAGAUCGUGUGGGGCUCAAGUCCGAAGUUAUACUCGAGACCAAGCGCAAGGCAGAGAUAUUGAAAAAGGCCGCCGCAAAAGCGACUACUGCCAACAAGGCCACCCAGGUGGCGGCACCGGCACCGGCACCUGCACCUGCACCAACUCAAGCUCCAGCCGCUGCUCCUGUUGCGCCCCAACUACCAAAACCAACAGCAUCCAAGCCCGCGGCCAGCAUCCCGGCCCUCAGUGCUGCACCCAUCGCAACGCCAUUCGCCUUCAGCCAGAGCAGUCCGUUUGUGAAGACUUCGAGUGUGACCACGACAACCACCACGGUAAGCUCUGGAGAGGCUCCAAAGCCGGCUGUCUCUUUGUUCGGAGGGCCAAGUAGGUCCGGCUUGAGCUUUGGACCGGUAGGAGGUGGUCUUUCGUUUGGGGGACUUUCUGCAGCGGAUAAUUCAACUGGGGCCAAGCCGUCCCUGAUUGGAGGAUUUAGGAUUAGUAAGGAUGCCACAGCAAAGCCGGCUCCUGAGCCAGCAAAGGCACAGGAGGCCCUAGCGAAGGAUACCACACCUUUUACUGCAGAGGUGGAGCCAGCGAAGGCACCGGAAACCCCAAAAGCAGAGACUGCUGGGAAAUCCUUCUUCACAGGAUUCGGAGGAACUGGCACUCCCAGCUCCACGUUUAGCUUCGGAGGUCUGGGCUCUUCCCUGGGUUUUGGCGGCGUAGCAAAGACCGAUUCCAACGCCGCAGUGACGUCAUCAGCUUCUGGCGUUCCCCGUGGCUUGUUCGCCGCAGCUGCAGCUGCACCGAAGCCUAACGAAGGUGACACAGCGGUGACCAGCAACAGCACCACCACCAAGCCAACGGUCGCACCUGCUGCCACCGUGACUGCCGCUGCCGCUCCACCGUUGCCAACAAACAACAGCGGCGUGACCAGUACCGCCCCCAGCAGCUCUGAUUCCCUUGGAGGGCUUUUCGGAUCUGUCAAUAUAUGCAAGCCACAAAUCAAGGAAUCCUCCGGCGCUUCUGGACAGCCUGCAAAUAUCUUUGACAGUGGCUUCUCAUUUGGGGGACGAGGUGGAGAUGAACCGAAGGGAUUAUUUGCGACCAUCACUCCAGCCACAACAGCAACAGCAACGGCAAAAGAAACUCCUGCAACCGCAGCACCAACUACGAUAAAAGUGGAGCCAGUGAGCACCACAGCCGCAACAACUACAGCACCUGCACCAGCUGCAUCGGCUGCUCCGGCAACAACCACUUCAACUGAAACUAAGGGGGCUGCAUCUCCACCCAUAUCCACACCGGCCGCUGCUCCGCCAGUAGUGGUUGCGGUUCCUUCGAAUACGACUUCAGCUGCAGCGCCAGCGGUCACGCCUGCGACAGCAGUCUCUCCGACUGUGACCUCGAGCACAGCGGUGCCAGGCAGUACAUUCUCCUUCUCCAAUGCAUUCAGCAGCCUCAGCACCGCUCCGGCAGCCCCCGUCACAGCCACCAGCUCCAGUGCCUCUACAGUGAGCAAUUCAUCGUCUUCGGUGUUUGGAGGAUCCUUUACAGCAGCACCAGCAACAGCAGCGGAACCUGUAGUCAGCAAUCCAUUCCAGGCAUCGACAACGGCAUCAGCAGCAACCUCCACGAACCUUUUUGGAAAUGUGGCUAAGUCCGAGACCAGCGUGUUUGGAGGUGCACCUGGAACCAAUCCCACUCCUGCUGCAGCUGCUUCCCCACCCAGUGGCCUCUUUGCUGCAGCAGCUAUCAGUAAUCCGGCGCCUUUUGGCAGCCCUCCACCGGGAACGGCCGCCUCCGGGGGCAACAUCUUUAGCCAGGUCAACAAACCAAGUGUUUUCGGUCAGCCGUCUGCAGGAGCCAGCGGCGGUACGUCUAUUUUUGGAGGGUCAUCCGGCUCUCCAUUUGGAUCGACCUCCAUUUUUGGCGGAAGCAAUGCGCAAAGCCCUGCCAAUGCACCCACUGCCGGAAGUACAUCCAUAUUCGGUCAGAACGUCUUUGGGCAACCGGCGGCACAAACAGCGACCCCAGUGGCAGGCGGUAAUAUAUUUGCAAGUCCUGUGAGCGCCAGCCAACAACCGCAACCCUCUGCUUUUGGUGGAGGCGGAUCUAUUUUUGGCGGACCGGCGACGACAAGUUCUUCGCCUGCUUCUGGUGGAUCAAUCUUUGGCGGUGGCAGCAGCUCUGGAUUUGGUUCAUUCUCCCAGACUGCCCCUUCUCCUGGAGGCUUUGGCAGUGGCUUUGCUCAGGGCGCCGGAUCGUCAGUGGCCCAAUCCGGCUUUGGAUCACCCCAAACGCCACAGCAGGCUGCUCCGGGUGGAUUUGGAGCCAAGCCCGUAUUCGGUGGUUCUCCAGCCUUCGGGGCCAGUCCCACCUUUGGGGGAGGCGCAACGUUUGGCAGUCCCAAGGGAUUUGGCGGCUUUGGAGCCAGCCCUAACGUGGCCGCACCACCAGCCUUCGGAGCCCCUGCGAAACCGGCCGGCGGCAACAUCUUCGACACCUUGGGUGGUCAGGACUCUGGCUUGUCCUUUGGCAAUCUGGCCCAGACCGGCAACCCCAAUGCCCAGAAGCCAGCUUUUGGCGGAUCGAGUUUUAUGAAUUAUCGUUGAAUUUAUGUCCUGUCUCGUCCAAUUACUUGAUUUGUUCUUCCCGUUACGAUUAGGAUAUAACUUUACCAAUUAAGUCAUAAUUACAUCUAAAUUCUUAAAUAUAUUUCAGCACAAAAUUAUAAUACAUAUAACCAUAUACGCGAUAUAUUCAACAUCAAUGAGAUAUGUGAAAGAUUAAAGCCCAGCACUUCCUUGAUGGAGUCCGAUCACUGUCGAAUCGGACAGCGCCAGGGCUUCCUGUCAUUGCAAAAAUAUCCCUGAUUAUCCCUGAUCAAAAACAUUUUUCACAAAAAGCAAAGAAAACUAAAUAUGUAUAGCUGGGGAUGCUGGAAGGAUCAAUCCAAGGAUCAAGGAUAUUUUUCUGAUCCCAGGAAGCCAUGGAACGACCAGAUCGGCCACAAAUAACGGAGAAAACAAGAAAACAAAACAGGCCUGUUGUUUCCAAUUGUUGUACAACAACAACCCUCAAACUUGCGGCCGCUCAAAUGGCAGAAAACGAGAAUUUUCGAUCUGAGAUACCAGGCGAACAGAAGUCAGCAGAAGGUCUCCCUUUUGAAACUUAUUGGAAAUCCCAAAAGUAUGCAAUCUUUUUUUGUAUUCCUUAAUAUUGCUUUCUGCUAAUUUGUGUUCGCCUGGUAGCCCAGAUUUCAAAAUCGAAAAAUUUCGGUUUUGAGCGGAACCAAAUUGAGGGGAUUGUUGUACAACAACCGUAACUGGAUGUUGUUGUUGAUGGAUAACUCCGCCAUUUCUCGUCCGAUCUGGUCGUGCGAUGGCUUCCUGUGAUCGUAAGAAAAUCCUUGAUCUAAUAGAGUCCUUAUUGAGAAGGAUAUUUUAUCCGUUAUUUGUGGGCCUUUUUAACAGGAACUAUCCUUUUCAACGUUGGCCGACAGCCGUCCCUAAGAUACUGUCGCAUAUCCCGCUUGAGGCUGGGUUGUCAGUGGACCCAACAGAUACUUUUCAAUGAUACAAAAAUAGUGAUUCCAAAUCAAUUUUGUAAAUGUAUGUAUAAUACAUAUUGUCUCCAUUAAAAAUAUAUUUAUAUUCGA